AUGGAUUUGAACAGCACUAAAAGCGAGUUUUUAAUCCAUGAACAUAUCCUCCAUACCCCUCUUCUCAUUUUCUCUUCAUCGGGCAUACUACAAAAAGAAACCUGGCAAGGCAGGAUUGUUUACAACCAGAGUCAAAAGGAUAUCCUCCAAGAAUGGUUUAAACAAAACCCUUACCCUGACAGAGCUACCAGGAAACAAUGGGCCAAAGAAAUUGGUAUUUCGGAUUCCAAAAUUCAGGUCUGGUUUAAAAACCACAGAUAGAAACAGAGACAAUUGGAAUUGGGAUGCUCCUUAGGAAAAGACAAAACCCAAGGACAACACCAUCAUCAGUCUUGGACUCAAGAAUACUUACCAACAGCAGCCAGACAAGACUGGACAUCUGUCCCAAGAUCUCAAUCACAAGUCCUACUUCAAGCCUUUGAGAGGAACCGAAUGCUUGAUAUUACAACCAGGAAAAAACUGGCCAAAAAAACAGGCAUUCAGGAACCAAGAAUUCAAAUGUGGUUUCAGAACCAAAGAUCCCUAUACCCAGGGCAGAGCAGAAGUGAGUCCAUGAAUUCCUUGGCAGAUGGCCCAAAUGGAAGACCAGAUCUGACAGCUCAACAAAAAUGCCAGAAUCACAUAGAACAGACUGGCACAGGAGUAUUGCAGUUGAAGGACUAUUCUGAGCCUCGGCCUGAGCAUCAACACCAGUCGCAGGAUCUGCCACAGGUGGACAUAACUCACGUUCUGCAAAGGUGGGAUGAGGUCUGCCAGGCUCUGAUAGCAAAAUGGGAUCCUCAAGAAGGUACAUACUGAGAUACACACGGCUACAGCAGUCAGCUGAAGAACUAGCCCACUCCCUCAGCCAACUGCA